UGAAAUGAGGAUAUGCCUCUUGUCAGGAGCCCUCUAUAACACACUGCUGCUAUCUCCAGCCCUCACUUUGCUCCACACUCAGACUUGGAGCUGCUGUUUAACCUUCUGCUCCUGCACCAGCUGUUGUAAGCCUCACGCCAGCAACUGAAAAAUUCCCCUCUCCAGACACCCUCUUCAAGCACUACACACUGAGAAGGACUUUCUCUUGCUAUAACGAUGGACACCACCACAAUGGAGGUCACCUCACUGUUCUCCAACCAAUCUUCAGGGAGCUGUGGAGGGGAGACCACAGUAGAGAAUGUGCUGUUUGGUGGGUAUUACAUCCUGGUCUUUUUCUUGGCCUUGAAUGGGAAUAGUUUGGCCUUGUGGAUUUUUUCCCACCAGCAUGGGAUAUCCUCCCCAGCCAAUGUCUUCCUGUUGCACCUGGCUGUAGCUGACCUCUCAUAUGUGAUCAUCUUACCCCUGCGGGCCACGUACCACCUGACUGGGGGCCACUGGCCUUUUGGGGAAGUGCCUUGCAGAGUUGCUGGGUUCCUGUUCUACGUCAACAUGUAUGCUAGUCUAUACUUCCUGGCUUGUGUGGCCGGUGACCGCUACCUCGCCGUGGUUCAUGCAGUGCAGUCGUUGAAGGUCCGCCAUGCCCGUUACGCCCACGCUGUCAGCUUUUCCUUAUGGGCCUUGGUGGCCGUGUCCAUGGCACCCCUGCUUGCAAGCCAGCAGACCUCUGAGGUGGAUGGGAUAACGGUGUGCCUGCAGCUGUACCGUGAAAAAGCCUCACGCCGGGCCCUCAUCUCACUGGUGGUGGCCUUCACCCCACCCUUCCUGGCCACCCUGUCCUGCUACCUGCUAAUCAUCCACAGCCUGCGGAAAGGCUCACGGCUCGAGCCGGCACUAAAGCUUAAAGCUCUGCGCACCAUUGGCCUGGUCCUGCUCAUCUAUGUGGUGUGCUUCCUGCCCUACCAUGCUAGCCGGGCCAUCUUCAUCCUGGGCUACAGCCAUCCUGACAUCUCCUGCCAGACCAAGCGCAGUCUUAUGCUGGCCAACCGGCUCACAUCCUCCCUCACCUGUCUGAAUGGAGCCCUGGAUCCGCUGGUGUACCUCUUUGGGGCAGAGAAGUUCAGGGGCAGUCUGCAGAGGCUCCUAUGCAGGGACAAAUCGGGAGGCUCCAGUGCCACCAGUGGAGAGCUGAAGGGGACACGUGAGAGCUCUGUGAGCGCGCGGUCGGAGCUCUGAGGUUUUGUCACUGGCUGCCUCUAACAAGACCUGCUACAUGUGCUGCCCAUCUUCAUUCUGUCCUUACAAAUCAGAAAAAGGUUCAGGUGUCUCUAUAAAACCAUAACAAAUAAGGAGGAUCUCCCAACAAAAAUGUACUUAUUUUGAUAUG